UGGUAUACAUACGUGUACUCUUUUUUUCUGAGCGUCCACCUUCUCCACGACUACUUGACGGCGCAUUACCGACUUUGACAAUUUCUAAGGCCAACGACUAUUAGAAUCUCUGCUUCGUCUAUCCUCUUGCCUUUCUCCGCUUUCCUCGGAACUUGAAUAAGUACUCCUCUUCGAACGGUACACCUACGAAACCUUUCCUCGCAAAGGAACACCCAGUACCACUACUUGAAAAGAUGUCAGGAAGCUUCAUGGACGAGAUACGCAAGAUCCCACCAGUGACGCGCUUUCUCUGCGCAUCGAGCCUCUCAGUCUCGGUGUCGAGCAUGAUGCACCUCGUGAGCCCGUACAAGAUUGUUUUCGUGAAGGAAUUGGUCACGAGGAAAUGGGAGGUAUGGCGUGUAUGGAGUAGUUUCUUCUUCGGAAGCUCGGGAAUUAGCUAUAUUUUCGAAUUCAUGAUGCUCUACCGAAACUCAAAUGACAUCGAAUCAAACCAUUUCUCAAACCGCUCGGCGGACUAUGCAUGGCAACUCAUGCUUGCCUGUGGCGCUAUCCUCGCUCUUAACAUCCCUCUGGGAUCCUUCAUCCAUUCUCGACCCCUUCUUCUCUGUCUCGCUUAUCUUUCUUCAGCACUCGCACCUCCAGGUGCACAAACUUCGAUAUUCGGAAUGGUAACCGUACCGAUCAAAUAUUUCCCUUAUGUUCUCCUUGGGUUCGACUUUCUCACAGGCGGUCCAUCCGCUGUCGCAACCUCAAUCACAGGUGCUGUAGUAGGACAUCUCUGGUGGUGGACGAUCUUCGGCCCCGACGGUCGUGGGCUUCCAGGAUUCGCGGCUUGGGGAAGGGCACCUGGAUGGGUGAGAUCGAUUGUGAGUGAUGGACCACAGGUGCCGGGUGGAAAUUUGAGGGGCACGGGGGUGCACGUUCAGCAGCCGAGGAAUAGGGCUGCGGGUGGGGGAGGGGCAGCAGCAGGUGGAGGACGUGGAGGGUAUAAUUGGGGGAGGGGAAACAGGUUGGGGACCGAAUAGGCGGGGGAAUACAAUGAGAAUAUAAUAGAGGCUGUGGUGAUCAUCCUUUUCCCCUCGUGUUAUGGGUAUUGGGCUCUGGCUGUAUAGUUUCGAUACUGCAAAUCUUCAUUCACGUUUCACUCUGCG